AUGCUUGCAUCAAUUUCUAGGAGUGCUGUGAAGAUCCACUGGACCGGAAAGGGUUGCGACAAGAUUGUAGAAGGUCAUAACGGUGAAACUCUUCUAAAAAUAGCCGAAAGAAACAAACUCCCGCUUCCAAAUGCAUGUGAAGGCAACCGUGCUUGCGCUACAUGCCAAGUAUACGUCAACAAGGGUGGAGAUUUAUUAAACGAGAUUAGUGAUGCUGAAUACGAUACAUUAGACUACGCAGUUGAUCUUAGAGAACAAUCCCGCCUCGCCUGCACAUGUGUCCUUCAGACAGAUGAUGGUGAGAUGGAUGUUGUUAUUCCGGAACGUUGCCGGAACAUUGAUGUUAGUGAAUUUAAGAAGAAGAAAUCAAUUCUUUAA